UUUACCGGAAAGAGAAACCAAAAGUAUUGGAAGUCUGAUGACUAAGAUCAGACUUAGAUUAUUAUUUUCUGUUUGAAUCGGACAAAAAGGUUUUGGUAUUUAAACACCUUUCGUGACAGCUGUUUAAACCAUGAAGGGACCCUAAGACGUGUGUUCUUGAUUAUCGAUAGCCGAGAAGAGAAAACAUCCACAAUGGAAGACCGGGUUCCAGAGAUCGAAUUCAGCGAGAUUCUGAUACACGUUCAGGAAUCUUUGAGCCCGGCUGAGGUGCAGGAGCUUGUGUUCCUAUGCUCUGAAAUUCUCAGGAAAGAUCUCAGCCGUGUGGUCAAAGCAACAGAACUGUUUACUCCGUUGCAGAAAUGUAACCUGCUAUCCAACAGUGAUCCAUCUCUGCUUGUUGAGCUGCUUAAGAUCAUUAAACGUGAUAAACUUAUCCGGGACCUGCAAUUAAACCCAAAACUCAAAAACAGACAUGUCUCGCCAUACAGGAGGAUGCUAUUUAAACUGGCAGAGAACAUCACAGAUGAGGAACUAAAGAACAUCAAAUUUUUGCUGCGUGACAAAUUAGGUCAAAAUAAACUAGAGCAGAUUGUGACAAUGCUGCAGUUGUUUCUGGAAUUGGAGAAGAAAGACUGCCUUAGUGCUAAUAACCUUGGCAUUUUAGAAAGGACCGUUGGUAUGAUAUGCCCUAGUUUAAAGAAAAUAAUACGAGAAAAUGGUGCUGGUGUUCCUGAAGAACAGAAAUGCAGGGACAAGUUCCAGGACCUCUCAGUAACCACCAUACCAGUUCCGCCCGAGGAAUCUGCAUGUGCUUCAUCCAGCCAAGAGCUGCUGCCCCCCUCAUAUUUUAGUCAAGCUAAGCCUGUUGAGAUGCAUACCUCGGUGACCUCUUUCCCAAGUAAUACCAAAGAGGGACAGGUUGCUUGCUUGAGUCCUUCUAAAACUCAAAAACUUGCCCAAGGUGACAAGAAUCAGAGCUUUCCUGAGCCUAAACCAACUAAUACACCGAAGCUGGAGCAAUAUGACAUGAGUGGAGAUUGGAGAGGAGUUGCCCUGAUCAUCAACAAUUAUAAAUUCAUAAAUUUGAAAGAAAGACACGGAUCAGAAGUAGAUAAGAAGAGUUUAGUUGAUGUGUUCCAGUGGCUGGGGUUUGAAACUGUGGUAAAGGAAAACUGCAGUAGAGAAGAGAUGCUGACUGCUUUGGAAGACCUGUGCAAGCGAGAUCAUACGAAGGCAGACUGUGUGGUGUGCUGUUUGAUGAGUCAUGGCUAUGAUGGUGGUCUCUAUGGAGUGGAAAAAGGGAAAGUCCCAAUAAAGGAUAUGUUGGACAAGCUGGAUGGCAGAAAUUGUAUCUCCCUCAUACAAAAGCCAAAACUCUUCUUCAUCCAAGCCUGUCGGGGGAAUCAGGAGCUGCAGCCGGCCUGCUAUGAAUCUGAUGAUUCUAACAACUCAGAAAUUAAUUGUAGCCUCGAUUCUGAUGCUGAAGUGCCCAAAGAGUCCAUAUCUGAAAGGUCUGAUUACCUAGUGGCCAUGGCGACAGUGCCAGGCUAUGUCUCAUUCAGAGAGACAAGUAGAGGUUCCUGGUUCAUACAGUCACUAUGUAAGCACCUGCAAAAACUUGUCCCAAGUGGCAUUGAUCUGCUGUCUAUCCUAACUGAGGUGAACAGAGAAGUGAGCAUGAAGGCUGAUCCAACUGGAAGAAGGAAACAGAUGCCACAGCCAGAAUUCACACUUACUAAGAGAGUGGUGUUCCCUGUACCGAAAAAUCCUAUGCCCUCUAAAUAAUCAUUUAGCUCAAAUAACAACUGGAUUUCUAUUCGUCUUUGUCUAUGACUAAGCCCCUGUGCACAAAGCAAACUCAAUGCAGAUGGUGGCCUGCCUGAGUGGCCUACUACUAAGCUCUGACCUCAACCCUGCCAUCUUUGGAAUAAAUUGGAAUGCCUGCUGCACCUGAGAACUCCUCGACCUACAUCAGUACCUGACUUUACUAAUGCUCUUGUGGCUAAAUGAGCACCGAUCUCCACAUCCACACUCCAAAAUCCAGUGCAUCUUCCCAGAAGAGUGGUGCAUGUUAUAACAGCAAAUGGGGACUAUAUGUGAAAUAUGAUAUGAAAAAAAACAAACAAAUGCACAGUGUCUUACAGCAGAUUAGUAUCACUAAAUGGUACCAUACUUGAACCGUCUUCAAUUAAAUGUAAUUACAUUAUUUGCAUAUGGGUUUGCAAUCAGAAAUGUGGUUUAACACCAAAUAUGCUUUCUAUUUUUAUAGACCAUGCAAAGUGUUUUUAAAUAUAUAUUUUUUUACAUUGGGCACAUACAACAUAUUUCUACUGAAUACACUUGGUGUAUAGCAACAUGUUACUGAAAUACUUUUUGUGUUUUAACCUGUGUGCCUUAUUGUGCUGUUAAAUGUCAUCCACUGGGUUUCUCCUGCCGGAUUACGAUUCUUUAUUGAUAACGUAUCAACCGUGACUAUAUGGUACUAACUAAAGAUGCAUGGAAUAAAGCAAUAUGUAGCACUUGUGGGAUAUUUUAUCAUAGAAAUAGUAAAGUAUUUUCCAUUCAUUUUACUUCCUUUUUCAUUAUAUAUCUUUUGUUGUCAAAAUAAUGUAAAAAAAAAAAAAAAAGUUUAAAGGCUGAUCUCAGCUUACUGUAGAUUAAGUUUUAUUUUUUGCAUGUUCUCUGUAUUCGAGUUCAAAUAACGAGCUACCUGGUAUCUACAAAUGAAUGAAUGAAUAAAUUAUUAAACAUUGUGCCAUUUCAUUACAGGGAAAAUAAGACAUGGUAGCCUAAUUUAAAAAUAAAUAAAAUAAAUAAAAAUCCA